AUGACUUCGAAAAGUGCUCAAAUUCCCACCCAACUUCGUCAGGGCCAACGAGGCGAGCAAUCGAAGAUCAGCAAAUUCAAGGACAAGAUCAGUCGCAAGAUAUCUGACCGGAAAAAGAAAUCCAAGGAACGCAAGCAAGCUCGGGCACUUAUUCCCGGCUGGGUCUGCUGCCAGUGCCACUACUACGAGGCGGAGUCUCGCUAUUCGGGAACCGUAUGCCAGCACGACAACCACCCAACUUGGCCCCAGCAUGGAAAUAAAUGCCAGGAAUGCAAGGACGUGGUGCCAAUUGGGACGAGCGACAUAAGUUCGGAAGAUUCCACUCAGAAUACAGGGAGUGAGACGGGGUGGUUCUGCAAUGCGUGCUUCCGCCACUAUCCGGAUAGGACCUCGCUGAAGCAUUGUGUGAAUUGUGGAGCGAGGGGAGCUGAUCGGUACACCGAAACGGUGGAGAUCGAGUCGCCGUAG